GAAGCGAAGCUUUUCUCACUGUGCGUACAGGGCGUUUAUAAGCAAAUUAUUAGUACUACUGUGCAGCAUCGUACUAUUUCAAACGAUGUUUUCAAAAUAGCCGACUUUCAAGUUUUGGAAAUUAUCGUUCCUUAUGCGUGAGUCAGGGAACCUCCUAGGUAUUCAUAUGGUAAUGCCGUCACGCUUGGGCAGGUACCCCAGUGCACAGCGGUACGUCGUUUUGUUAUGGGUGUUCCCCUCGCUCUAUUGGUUAGUAUUUGGUCAAGUGGUGUUUGUUCAUCAUGCAUGUGUAGGUGUUCGCUUCAUAAUGCUGUGUCAGUUUUGAAGCGAUCGAAGCACCAAGAAAGGAUGAAACCUGUUUGAAGGAAUAUUCGAAGAAACUGAAGGGCGGACAUGACGCGACGGGGGAUUAUGUUCAGCUUGUCGACAGCACUGUGUAGCUGUUAGUCGUUGACAGAAAUUGUGUGAAGCCGAAUCUCUGUCACCAUGGUAACAACACUAGAAAGACGCCAAAUGCAUCGAGGGUUGCAACGAUCCAGAUGUUGCAGCCACAUUGUCAACAUCGUUCUCUUGGUCACGGCGCUGGGAGCCAUCGGGGUCAGCGUCUGGAUCUUCCUGUCGGUCUGGUCUCACCCAGCCCGUGAGGGCACCCUCCACGUCCUUGGCAUCUCCUACUUGGUCAGCAACAUCGUCCCCGCGGCCCUGGGGGUGGUAGUCAUCCUGGUCACGAUCGUGGGGGUGUGCGGCUUGUGCGCGACACAUCGCUGCACCCUGUUGUGGUAUUUUAUUUUGCUGAUGGUGGCGUUUGUUCUUACGAUUGCCGGAUCAAUUUACAAUUUUAUCUUUUAUUUUGAGCUUAAAAGCAAUAUUGAAAGCAGUUUGUCCAGAGGGGUCAACGAGGAGUACGGACUUUACGGGUUUGAAGAGAUUACAAAGAGCGUCGACUCAGUUCAGAUAGAGUUUGAGUGCUGCGGUAGUCUGUCUUACAGGGAAUGGCGGACCAGCGAGUGGCAUCGGUACGAGGGACUGCGGCAUUUUACCGAGGCUGACGUGCCCACCGUCCCACCUUCCUGCUGCGUCAUGACGGCCAACGGCAACAUGUCGGAGCCGGUCGACUUGAUGAAGUGCUCCUCGCUGCAGUCCACCUACCCCAACGAAUUCAUGUACAGCGAGAGCUGCGCUGAGUUGAUCUACUCCUGGCUGGGCCUAUUCGCUUUAAUCUUGGCCGUAGCAUGCGCAGUGCUCUUCGUUAUUGAGUUAAUCACGGUUGCAGCGUGCGCAGUUUUGUUCCGGUGUCUGGGCCCCGUCCACUAUGAGGAGCAGAAAAUCCUACAUCGGCUGAAGGGCUACCCCGACUGGGACAAGCGGGAACGACACGCCCAUUCCACCAGACCUGCCCACUCCACCAAGGUGUAAAAGAACACAGUUUCCCUCGUCGGAGGGAUCGGACGCACUGUCCGCAUGUGCGUGACAUGGACACAAAAGUUGGAGUCGGAGGCUUUUUUUUUUUUUUUUUUUGCGCACGUCUGAUGUGGUGCGGCCUCUGAUGACUGCGACUUGCGAUUCAGCGCGCGUCACUUUCCAGUGGUGUAACGGCACAGGCGGGAUUUUGUCCCAGACCCAUUGACCGCGUUUUGCCAGCUUAACAGAGGAAUCGCAGUUGCUCUCCAGAUAAAAACCGUGACAUGACGCACCCUGCUUUCUGCCUGCGGGUUCAAGGCCCGGGACUAGUAAACCUGCGCCGCACCCUUGUGAGCGUCGGCUCGCAGAGUGAGCCAAGAACAGUUCCCGACAGUACAGGAGAGCUGCUUUAUAUGCUGACAAGCCACAGACUGAAAAAGUUGCUGAUCAUCAGUCACGGAACCAGGCUAGAGUACACUGUACGAUUUCACCACCGGUUACCUGUAGCCUCUUUUUAUGCUGAGCAGUGGCGGUGACCAAUAGGAAACUGUUUAAAGAAAUACACGCGGAGGUUGUAGUCGCAUCUGAAUUUGCUGUCCAGAGUGAGGUCAUUAAGGCCUUUGCUCCAUCGGACAAACGCGGAGAUGAACCGACAGUAGAUGUAACCGUUGCUAGGGAAGCCCAUUUUGGACACGGCCUUAAAGGAGACGCACCUUGGACUGCAGUUCUUUGAGUUUUUUGUGAGGACAUCCUUCCUGAUACGGAUCUGAUCAGGAGGCACCGAUGAACAGUUCCACGCAAGGCGCACCUGCACUGCGUCAUACCCUCCCUGUGAGCUCAGCGCCUGACAUCAAAGCAUCAACCUUCGGACGGAAAUCCCUUCAGCCAAGGUGGACAAAUGCCUUGCUGUUCUUCAAAAGAUUGAGCUGCCGAGCUAGCCGAUGAGUAGUGUUUACCAGGAAUUUUUUCAAACAGUACCAUUUGUGACAUUUCAAUAUGUAUACAUCUUUUUAUACCAAAUAUUUCAAAGUAGUCUUUGGUGCUGGGAAAGUGUAAUUACCGUCGUAACAGUACCAUGUUCAUAUCAAGUAUUGUACACUUUUUUACCCAAUAUAUCCAACUUGAAAAUCUUUGAUGCUGCAAAAAAGUGUUUGUUUUCUCCUUUGAAUAUUUGGGAAAAUGUAAAUCUCACCCUUACACUGUGCCUUGUGUGAUAUUUCAGUCGUCAUACAUUUUUAUAGCAUAUAUAUAUCUUUUCAAAUUUCCAAUCUUUGGUGGUGGGUAAAUGUAUGUCUCACACUUUGAAUGUAUGAUAAAUAUUUUCAGUUCUACAAAUUUGUAAAUAAUAUUUUGCCCAAAUUGCUGUAUUUAUAUUGAAGUUUACAGGUCUAGUCAUUUUUUCUUUGCACAAAUUUCUUACAUCAGCUCUUAUCUUCAAGCAAACCUGAAUUCUCAAUUCUGAUUGGUCAAUCCAUGGCAACAGACAAUGUGACAUACGACUGCAUUGCACAGUUCCUAUCAAGCCCUGUGUAAUACGCUAUUCUUACUCAACAUAUUGCGCUGUUUUUACUUUAAAAGUAUAACGCACAGCUACAAAGUUUAAUGUAAAUUCAAAGGUGGUGCGUUUGUUGGGGUGUUUGUUUGUUGGGGUGUUUGUUUGUUUGUUUGUUUAUUCUGCGUCACGUUUGCUUGAAUAUAAAUUCAAUAUCACACAGAAAAAUGUAGUGCAUCUGUGUCUCAUAUACCACUCGGCCUUCAGCCUCGUGGUAACAGGGUAUAGACAUUAUUCUGUGUACCACUCGCACUCAUGAUUACUAAUAUUGAUACAUUUAUUCUGAUGAACCUGCGGUCUCUAAAAUCAAAGUGGAAAAUCUAGACUCCCUUUUUUUCCAGCAUUUUCUCCACGGUGGCGACUUUUAAUUCCUUGAUUGUUUUAGAUUUAGAGCCAGGUUUCUUCUCUGACAAAGUUCAGAGUCAUCAAAAAUGUGGGAUUUGGGCUCAGUAAUAUUUUUGUAGUGCUAGGAAAAUGUCUCCUGGAAUUUCAUUCAGGAAACUUUGUCAGUUUUUCGUAGAUAUUUCUCAAGACCGGGAUGAAAUGUAUAAGGGCCACAUUUCUGUGUCUCCAUCCAUUUUGAGUAAUAGAGUUUAAUUAUUUUGUGGUAUUUUUAUAUGAAAAGGAUCUGUCGGUACCAGGGUAUGUAAUUUUUCGAUGCAGUUUUUAAAGUGCUAAUUUUUGGGUUGUCUUAAUUUCCAAUGUACUUAAGAAAUGUCUAUUUUGUCAAUUAAUAGAUAUAAAUUGAGCUUUUAGAUGUAUAUUUUGGGCAUAUUUUAGACUGUGUACAUGAAAACCUCAGCUGGUUAAUAUUCCUGGAAUAUUUUUUUAUAUCUUAGUAUUACAGUUGUGGAGAUACAUACUUGGAAGUAUUUUAGUGUUAAAGUAAUCUUCAAGGGAUCGUGAGGGUAGGUUGGUAUUAAUUGAAAUAUUGGCUGGGGAACACUAAACCUUGUUUGGAAAGCCCUCGUUUGGAAUGAUGGAGUUAGUGUGCAGAAUCUUGGUUAGAAUAACCGUUAUUGUGAAGCUAUUUGGCACAACCAGCUGGGACACUGCUUUUCUCUUUCACUGUGAGCGGUUUUCGGUGUACGUGAACUUGUGUCCAGAUUUUUCUCUAGGCCUACACUGACCUGCAACGUCAGAAGUAACCAUUUCUGUUGUGGCAGGCGUAAAACGCGCAACCGCUGCUCGCCGUGUCUUUGGUCUGUUACACUUAUUUGAGAAAUGCCAGCUUUCCGAGUGGAACUUUUUUAUUGAUUAUUCUGUCUGUCAUGCUGACUUGAGCAAACUUCUGUUCAAGUGCACAUCAUUGUCGCAUUGAUCCUUGCUGCGGAUUUUCCUACAGUUUGAUCGUGCAUGACUGAGUCAUCUACUCAGGACUACAGCAAUUUACAAAUUUGUCAGGAUUUACCAUAAGCACAUUAUGUAUUGUUCAGAGAGAGGCUGCACUGGCGUGUAUUGUUCAGGGUGAGGCUGCACUGGCUAAUUUUUUUUGGCUGAUUGAAUGGUAUCAUAGGUUAUAGAUUAGUACUGGGACUAAUGACAUGAAAGUAAUAAAAAUGUACAUUACCUUUUAACUUUCA